AUGACCCAGGGGAAGCUCUCUGUGAACAACAAACCCCCCAGCUCCGAGGGGCAAGGGGAGAAGAAGGACAAUGCCACUGCUCCAUCAGCUCCUCCAACUUAUGAGGAGGCGACAAUGGGAGAAAGGAUGAAGUCUGGUGCUUACCCUCCUCCCCAAUCAGUCCCGCUCUACCUCAGCUGGGCUUACGUCAACACCAGCACAAGACCGAGCUAUGGCAGCGGCAGGUACUCAGGGGACACGGAGAUGCUCACGACCUUCAGCUGGGAUGACAGGAACGUGCGCAGAGUGUUCAUCAGGAAGGUUUACACCAUCCUGAUGAUCCAGCUCUUUGUCACUGUUGCUAUUGUGGCUUUCUUCACCUUCUGUGAGCCGGUCAAGGUCUACAUUCAGGCGAACUCUGCCUGGUAUUGGGCUUCCUACGUUGUUUUCUUUGUGACCUACUUGAUUCUUGCUUGUUGCUCUGGACUCAGGAGGUAUUUUCCAUGGAAUCUGAUCCUGCUGAGCAUCUUUACGCUCUCCAUGGCUUAUCUCACGGGGAUGCUCUCCAGUUACUACGAUACGAAGUCAGUCCUUCUGUGUCUGGGGAUCACAAACCUGGUGUGCCUGUCUGUCACCAUCUUCAGCUUCCAGACCAAGUUUGACUUCACCUCCUACCAGGGCGUCCUCUUCGUGUUGCUCAUGGUGCUCUUCUUUGGUGGCAUCAUCCUGGCUGUGAUACUGCCCUACCAACAUGUCCCUUGGCUCCACGCGAUCUACGCUCUGCUCGGUGCCAUUGCCUUUACUAUGUUCCUGGCAUUUGAUACCCAGAUGCUGAUGGGGAAUCAUCGGUACUCGCUGAGCCCAGAGGAAUACAUCUUCGGAGCCCUCAAUAUCUAUCUGGACAUCAUCUAUAUCUUCUCCUUCUUCCUCCAGUUCCUUGGUUCCAGCGAGGAGUAAAUGCUGCAGCAAGGCAGUAUCUUCUCUUUGCUGGCAAGAUGCAAGUGUUUAAAAAAAAAAAAAAUUUUUUUUUAGAGUUUUAAAAAGAAAAACAAACCCACCCUUUCUGGUCCACUAGCAGGCUCCAUUCAACCAGCUGAGCAAAGCCCCUGGGUUCCUUAUGCAGCUUGUAUAUAUGCUGUUAGGCCUUUGUGACCCAGAAAGCAAAGCCGGGCUUAAGUGUUAUGUCUCUUCUGCUCCCUCCACUCCUCCUGAGAUCAAACCAGACCACAGACUGGGAGGCAUGAGACCAAGAUCUUUUCCCCAGAGGCUGUCAGAGUUGC